CGAAAGAAAAAACCUCCCAGCCCCCACGGCUCUCUUUUACGCCGUGAGGACAUUAUUAUUUCUUUUGUCGUGAGGUUAUUCGUGAGUCUUUUUCUUUUAGCCGAAAGGUUCUUCCUUUUGCCGUAAGUCGUUUUCUUUUGCGGCGAAGUUAUUUCUUUUGCCGUGACAGUUGUGGGCCAACGUAGAUAAUUGACACUACAGAAAUUCAAGUAAAUGCAAACAAAAGGUGUUGGUUUCACAUGUCAUUGCAGUUUCUAGAACCACUCACUAAGUGAAGUUCAUUCAAGGGCGUUGGAGCGGAGGCCUGGAACUACUCCAAUCAUUUUACAAAAAUAAAACAUACGAUAGCCUUGGUACAGAACGUAUAGCGAAGUCACUCCCAUAUUACACGAUGUCGAUUCUCGGAGAAUUUCUCCAGAGAAUUUCUAGUGCAACAAACUUCCCACUAGAUCAGGUCAAUUUUGUAUUUUGCAUGCUGUUGUGUGCACCUCUUGGGACAAUAUUUCGAUUGCUGCUUCAUCCGAAUCGCGUUUCGCCGAACACCAGAAGGGCUGUAAGUCUUUUUUGGGGCACAGCUCUGACGUGGUUUUGUUUCGAAUGGCAAACCUUAAUCUUGAUCAGUUUUAGCAGCAUUUGUUACAUUCUCACAUGGCUUUUAAAUCCUGCAUCGGUCCACAAAUAUGUGCUGAUAGUGUCAAUGGGCUUCAUGUCUGUUGCUCAUCUCUACAGACAAAUUACUGACUAUGGCGGUUACACUUUGGACUUUACAGGACCCCUGAUGGUUUUGGUACAAAAGAUCACUUAUGUGGCAUUCAGUGUCCAUGAUGGGCUGGGAAGGGAUGAUAGCAAACUAACAGAAGAACAAAGGAAAUGCAGACUUGAGAAAGUUCCAUCUUUAUUGGAGUACUUCAGCUAUUUAUUUCACUAUAGCACAAUACUUGUUGGACCUGUCUGCACCUUUAAAGAUUUUAGUGAUUUUAUCAAUGGCUCAGACAUCAUUUCUAAGGAGUCAGGCCAGAAAGAGCCUUCACCUUUGUUUGCUGCUCUUAGAAAUCUGAUGACGUCGAUGACAUGUAUAGCCUUCGUAAUUCUAACUGGAUCCAAUUACCCCAUCGCCAGGAAUGGAGAUCCUGAUUUCAUAAGUUCUAAUCCUCUACUUUGGAGACUUGCUUAUGCCUGGAUCUCAAUAGUGUCUGUGAGAAUGCGUUACUACUUUGCCUUUAAACUAGCGGAGGCAAUGAAUAACUUUUGUGGACUCGGAUUCAACGGUUUUGACGAAAAUGGAAGAGCGAAGUGGAACCGUAUGACUAUUGUGAAUAUUCUCAAGAUCGAGUUUGCAACGAGUCUGAAGGAAGUACUAGACAACUGGAAUAUCUGUACAGUCCUGUGGUUGAGAAGAAUUGUGUAUGAACGAGUUUCACAUCAUCCCACGCUGGCUGUGUUCGUCUUGUCUGCUGUGUGGCAUGGGUUCUACCCAGGAUACUACAUGGCCUUCGCAACUUGUGGACUUAUGGUUGAAGCAGCGAGGAAGGUUCGUAGAAAAUACAGGCCUCUCUUUCAAGGCUCACAUGUCUCCUCUCGUUUGUAUGACCUCGUAACAUGCGCAGUAACCAUCCUUUCUUUGACGUUUGCUUCCAUCCCAUUCGUUGGUUUGGAAGCUAGAUUUGGCUUGGAGUUUUGGCGUUCUAUGUAUUUUUAUGGAAUUGUUUGGUCCAUCAUGGCGUUUCUUCUCCUAAGUGGUGGGAAAUCCAAGACCGAAGGAAAGAAAGACAAUAAAACCGAAAAUGUGGAUGUCAGAGAUGAAGAGAAAGACAAAAAAGGCAACUCAACAGAUGAGAAUUUAACAGAGCUCCAAAACAGAGUUAAAAAGAAUAUGGAAUCACCAAAUGAACUGUUUCGUAAGGGUACACCUAACAGCCUGCUAAAAGAGAACCUGAUUGUAGGGUCAUAGAAGAAGACACUCAAUGAUAUUUAGACAGAAUUUUAUUUAAGGAAUCUUCAAGAGCCUUAUAAAGCUUAAUUCUUAAAGGCCCCUUCACUCAGCACCGUAUGUAUAGUUUGAACUGUGGCUCAGAUUUUAGCAGGAUAUACGCGCUUCUGCGCUAGAGGCAUUACUUCUGUUGAUAUAAAAAGAUAGAACGUAAUAAUAGGUAUAUUGGCGUUCUAAGAAUCCCCAGUUUUCUAAUCAGUACCAAAAAAUUUAUGAUUUUUCUGCGACAUAAACGAUACCUGAACAUUAAAAAAAUAGCUACUGAGGUUUGUACUUGUUAUUUCACCAAA